AUGCGUCGUCUUUCCAUUCUUUUUAUAUUAUACGCUUUAUUAAUUCGAAAUUAUGGCCUUGGCGUAAAUGGUGAAGGCGAUACUUCAAGUGAUGUUCCUACUUCAGAUGGUACUGGAGGCGAUACAUCUGGAAAAGAAAAUGUUGAAUUACCUAGCCCCGUGCCAGGUCCUGAACCAGGUACUGCAGGACCAGCUGGCCCUCAAGUAGCUGAACCUAAAGUUGAUACUCAAUCAGUAGAAGGUUCUCAACUAGCGACAUCUCCACCUACUGGAAAUGGAACAAAGUCUGUUGAAAAUCCCACUGAAAUUAGUGGAACUGGACACGAUGGUGGAUCUGAUCAAACUAAACAAGCAGAAACUUCACUUGGUAAAUCUAACGAAGAAACCAUUACACAAAAUCCUCCUCGACAAGAAACCGCUGAUCAAAAUAACCCUGCACAAGAACCUGGAUCAAAGGGUCCCAUACCAUCACCCCCUUCAACAGGUGAAUUAACAGAAACUGGCUCUGAAAUAAAAACUUCUGAACUAGGUAUUGUUGGAUCAGGUGGAUCCCCACAAGAAUCAGCUAAAUCAGAUCAAUCAGAUCAAUCAGCUAAAUCAGAUCAAUCAAAUACUUCUACAUUAACUGGUUCUCAACCUAACACCGAUAAUCAAACAACUCAUACAAAAGGAGAAACUGGAUCAUCAAAUUCCGUACAAUCAAACUCUGAACUAGGUGGCUCAUCAGCAACUGAACCUAAAAUAACAAGUCCUGAAUCAAGCGUCACUGUAUCAAAUGGAUCUUCAUCAGGACCAACUAAACCAAAUGAUUCUACACCAACAUCUCCUGCACCGAGCAACUCUGAUAAAGGUAGUGAUGUACCAGAAAUCAAGAAAUCCGUUGAUACAGAAGGCAAAGGAAGUAAGCCAGAUAGCAAACCUGAUGCUUCCAAUCCCCAAACCGAACAAAGUGAUAAUGCACAUGGGACAGACAGUACAUUAGAAUCUAGUAUCGAGGGAACAGGUAAUACUUCAUUAAAAGAUUCCAAACAAAUAUCCAAAGACGCCGAAAAAACCAAAAAGGUGGUUGAAGGUACGGGAGAACUGGAAAAACCAACCAUAUCUGAUUCCGGAUCAGAAUCUGAUAAAGCAGAAGUAAUUGAGGGUCAAAAAACAUCUGAAAUUCAAGUACCUAGUUCAGAACAAAAUAAUACACAUACAUCUGAUCUUAAGACUGAUCCACAUAGUCCAACUUUACCCCCUUCUGCGGAUAAUCCAGUUUCGACAGAUCAAAACUCUGGAAGUACCCUUGAACUCCCACAAAGCGAUAGUCCAUCUGAAGAACAAUUACCAGAUAGUAUUCGAAUAAUACCUAUUCAAAAUUUUGAUAUAAAAUCGGCCAUGUUAAGGAAUUAUAAAGGAUUAAAAAUUACAGGUCAAUGUAAUUCAAACUUUGUUAUAUUUUUCGUACCCUAUAUAUAUAUUGAGGUUGAUACAAAAUUAAAUCAAAUUUCUAUAAUUUCUACGAAAAAAAAAGUUAAUGGCACAACUGAAGGCGUUCCAACACAAUCAAUAGAUUUCAAAUCUGAAGGUGAUACUUUACAAAAUCAAUGUGGAGAUAAUAAAACUUUCAAAAUAGUAGUUUAUCUUGAUAGUGGUGUACUUUAUGUUAAAUGGAAAGUAUAUGAUUCAUCUACAGAAACCGAACCAAAUACAAAUGUUGAUGUAAGAAAAUACCAAUUAAAAAAUUUAGAAACUCCAAUAACAUCUAUUCAAGUACAUACUGUUAAAAGAACCUUAAAAAAUGUUACCCUUGAAAGUAAAAAUUAUACGAUAAAUGAUAAUCUACCAGAAAAAUGCGAGGCAAUAGCUAGCGAUUGUUUCUUACACGGAAAUGUAGACAUUGAAAAAUGUUACAAAUGUGCAUUGCUAUAUCGAAAGAACCCAUUAACAGAUGAAUGUUAUAAUUAUUUAUCAAAUGAUUAUAAAAAAUUACUAAAUACAGAAGUAGUUACUGCUCAAAGUGAAGAUGAAAUUAAUUAUGAACUUAUGGGACAUAUUGAUAAUAUAUUAGAAGGUAUAUAUAAUAUUGAUGAAAAUAAUAAUAAUAAAGAAUUAAAAAAAUAUGAAGAGUUAAAUGAUGAAAUAAAAAAAGAUAUAUUAUUAUAUUGUAAAGAAUUAAAAGAAUCAGAUGUAAGUGGAACAUUAGAAGAAUUUGUUUUAGGUGAUGUUGAAGAUAUAUUUUAUAAUUUAACAAAAUUGAUAACUAAUAAUACGGAAAUUUCUAUUUCAAAAUUAAAAAAUAAAUUAAUGAAUCCAGCUAUUUGUUUAAAAGAUGUAAAUCAAUGGGGAGAGAAAAAAAAAGGACUAGUAUUACCUGAAUUGAUUUCAAAAGAUUUUGAAAAUUUAAAUGGCAAAAAUAAAAAUGAUGAUACUACAAUGAAUCAUGAAUCUGAUAAAAAAUUACAAGAAGGUUUUGAUGGAGUUAUAGAUUUACCUUUACCACAUGAGAAUGAAUUUGCAGGGUAUACUACAAUAGAAGAUCUUCAAUAUUGCAAUGAUGAAUAUUGUGACAGAUUAAAAGAUAAUAAUAGUUGUAUAUCUAAAAUAGAUGUAGAAGAACAAGGAAAUUGUGCUACAUCAUGGUUAUUUGCAUCUAAAUUUCAUUUAGAUACUAUUGGUUGCAUGAAAGGACAUGAAAAUUUUAGUGCAUCUGCUUUAUAUGUAGUUAAUUGCUCUAAAAAAGAUUCUAAAGAUAAAUGUUUAAUUGGUUCAAACCCAUUAGAAUUCCUUAAUAUAAUUGAUGAAAACAAAUUUUUACCAACUACAUCUAAUUUACCAUAUUCGUAUAAAAAAGUUGGAGAGGAAUGCCCCAAAACUAUGGAUAAUUGGACCAACUUAUGGAAAGAUGUAAAAUUAUUAAAAUAUGAAAAUAAUGAUAAAUCAUUAAAUGCUAAUGGUUAUAUAUCAUAUCAAAGUGAGGAUUUUAAAGAUAAUUUUAGUGAAUAUAUUAAUUUAAUAAAACAAGAAAUUCAAAAUAAAGGUUCUGUUAUGGCUUAUGUUAACUCAAAAUAUAUAACUUCUUAUGAUUUUAAUGGAAGUAAAGUACAUAAAUUAUGUGGAUCUGUUACUCCAGAUAUGAUAGUAAAUAUAAUUGGAUAUGGAAAGUAUAUUAAUGAAAAUAAUGAAGUUAAAUCAUAUUGGAUAGUUAGAAAUAGCUGGGGUAAACACUGGGCAGAUGAAGGAAACUUUAAAGUUGAUAUAGAAACUCCAGAAAAUUGUAAACAUAAUUUUAUUCAUACAUUUGCUACAUUUAAUAUUUAUAUUCCUUUUGUUAAAAAAAGUAUUCAAAGUGAAUCAGAAAUUAAUCUUUAUUAUUCAAAAAUAUCUCCUGAUUUUUACAAUAAUUUGUACUUCAAAAAUUUAGAUGCAGCCGACACAAGUGAAGAUUCUAUUAUUGAAGGACAAGAUGAACCUGCCUCAAUUUCUACACAAGAAGAAACACAUCAACCAACUGGAGAAGGAAACCAAGAAGAAUCAAAAUUACCCGAAGAAAAAACACCAAAAGAAGUUGGUAGAUCAGAAAUACCAUCAACAGGCACGCAAGAAAAAUCUCAAGAAUUAGAACAACAGCCACAGCCACAGCCACAGCCACAACCACAGUCACAACCAGAACCACAAGCAAAAGUGGAAGGACAAGGCCAAGUGGUGGAACAAGCACAGGGACAAGUGCAGGAACGAGAACAACCCAAUGGUGGUAAACAAGUAUCUGGCACAGAAACUACAAAAAAUGUAACUGGACAAGAAGAAACACAAGUAAAUAGCACUGGAGCUGAAUCUAGCAAAGCAAAAGCGCCAUCGACAUCUGUUAAUUCUUCUGAACAACAAACGGGUAAAGUUACUGAACAACAACCUGCUCAACAAACUUGUCAACAACCUGCUCGAGCACAAAUCCCAAAUUUUAUACCCCAAUUACAAGUGGGUAUAAGACUAGAAUUUAUGCAUAUAUUAAAACAAAUAAAGAAUGGUAAAGUAAAAAUGAAUUUAGUUAAAUAUGGAAGUGAGUUAAGUAUGAUUGAUGAUCGUAUUUGUUCAAGAGUUUAUGCUAUCAAUCCUGAAAAAAAAAAUGAAUGUGAGCAAUUUUGUGCUGCGAAAUGGAGUAUAUGCCAAUUUGAUAUUUCACCAGGAUAUUGUUUAGCUAAAUUGUACAAUUCAGACGAUUGCUACUUUUGUUAUGUGUAA